GCUGGGCCCCGAUGGAGCUGGAGAAUAUCGUGGCCAAUACGGUGCUGCUCAAGGCGCGCGAGGAUCAUAGGUGGGAAACUGUGGAAGGCUGAAGGGCUGCAUUAGCUCUCCAGGAGAUAUGGAAGUGUCCAAUUUCCUCUGUGCCUGCUCCUGCAAAACAAACAAACAAACAAAAAAAAUCCAACAACAACAAAAAAAAAUCAAGAUGUACCUCAGUGCCCCCCUUCCUCUGAGGUGGAGGUGGAAACCGAAAGGGAAAGAGCAAAAAAUGGCGCCAAAUGCUGCAGUUCCCCCAUGUCAGCCAGUGUGAAGAUCUUCGACAGAUGUUGGAAAGGGAUUACCACUGUUUGUGUGAGAAGCAACCCAUUGGCCGGCUGCUCUUCCGGCAGUUCUGUGAAACGCGACUUGAGCUUAUGCGCUGUGUCAAGUUCUUGGAUGCUGUGGCAGAGUAUGAAGUGACCCCUGAUGAAAAACAGAAACAAUGUGGGCAGCAGCUGAUCGAGACAUACUUGAAACCUCAGAGUGUGGACCAUGUGCCUGAAGUGCCCUUGGAGCUGGUAAAUCUGUGUUCUGAACGACUGGAACAGGAACCGGGUAAAGAGCUCUUUAAGGAAUCUACCAAGCUCAUCCAUGACUACCUAAGUGUGGCGCCUUUUGCUGACUACCUUGAUAGCAUUUACUUUAACCGUUUCCUGCAAUGGAAAUACCUAGAAAGGCAGCAUGUGACCAAGAACACAUUUCGUCAGUACCGUGUACUGGGGAAAGGAGGUUUUGGAGAGGUGUGUGCUUGCCAGGUGCGAGCCACUGGGAAGAUGUAUGCCUGUAAGAAGCUGGAGAAGAAGCGGAUAAAAAAACGAAAGGGCGAAGCUAUGGCUUUGAAUGAGAAGCAGAUACUGGAGAAAGUGAACAGUAGGUUUGUAGUGAGCCUUGCCUAUGCUUAUGAAACUAAAGAUGCCCUCUGUUUGGUCUUGACCCUUAUGAAUGGUGGAGAUCUGAAGUUCCACAUCUACCACAUGGGAGAGGCAGGCUUUGAGGAGCCACGAGCUGUUUUCUAUGCUGCUGAAAUCUGCUGUGGUUUGGAAGAUCUCCACCAUGAGAGGAUAGUGUACAGGGAUUUGAAGCCAGAGAAUAUCUUGCUGGAUGACCAUGGUCACAUCCGCAUUUCUGACCUGGGGCUUGCUGUAUAUGUUCCAGAAGGACAGACGAUAAAAGGUCGUGUGGGAACAGUUGGCUACAUGGCUCCUGAAGUGGUGAAGAAUGAGCGCUACACAUUCAGCCCUGACUGGUGGGCUUUAGGAUGCCUGCUGUAUGAGAUGAUUGAGGGCCAAUCUCCAUUCCAACAGCGCAGGAAAAAGAUCAAACGUGAAGAAGUGGAACGGCUUGUGAAGGAAGUGCAGGAAGAGUACUCUGAGAAAUUCUCACCUGCUUCACGCUCUCUCUGUUCCAUGCUCCUGUGCAAAGACCCACUAGAACGACUGGGAUGUCGAGGUGCUGGUGCCCAGGAGGUGAAAGAACACCCUCUCUUUAAACACUUGAAUUUCAAACGCCUGGAAGCUGGGAUGCUAGCCCCACCAUUCAAACCCGAUCCUCAAGCUAUUUAUUGCAAGGAUGUAUUAGACAUUGAACAGUUCUCCACAGUCAAGGGAGUAGAGCUGGAGCCCACAGACCAUGACUUCUAUCAUAAAUUCGCAACAGGAAGUGUCCCUAUUCCUUGGCAAAAUGAGAUGAUAGAAACAGAAUGUUUCAAGGAGCUAAAUGUCUUUGGCCCAGAUGGCACUGUGCCGCCUGAUCUGGACUGGAAGGGGCAGCAGCCUACUUUGCCCAAAAAGGGUUUACUUCAGCGUCUCUUCAGCCGACAGGACUGUUGUGGGAACUGCAGUGAAAGUGAAGAAGAACCCACUCGCCUAUAGUUGCAGCCAAUCCAUUCUCUCAACAAGCCUGACCAAGCCUGACUCAACCAAAGAGGUGUGGUGUGGGCCUAGCACUGUCUGUCUGUGUAUGGGCACUUGCUAGCUCUCUUUCUAUGGGCUCAUAUCAGGGUGGCAGAAGACGCUCACCCUGCAGAGGAAACUGCUCCAGGACUGGGGAACAUAGGCACUACUUCUAAGAUCUUCAGUUUACUGCCAAAGGAUCAUCCAGCCACACCACCUCAGUAGCAGAGAUGAGAGCAGGAGCUAUUGAAACAUUCCAGGGCUGGCCCUGGCUCCAGCCCCAGCCUUUGGCCUCCCAUCUACUCACCUGCUGGAGUUUGUUUUAUAUAUUUAUAUUGAUAUAUCUAUGAAUGUAUGUAUAUAGCUUACGUAAAUUUUUAAUUGUUGGGGAAGGGAGGGUCCUUGUGCAUUUCUCUCUCUGCCAUACCCCCAACAUCCUUGCUUAACCCCAGUGAACACUGUGCAUCAAGUAACUUCUAAGAAAGUAGAAGCAGCUCUUCUCCCCAAGCAGUGGAUUUUGGACCUCUGUGUUUUUCAAGUACUCAUCUCAGAACCAUCCAGUCUGGUGGUGGAGAGAUGGCAGUUGAAGCACAAGAGCAGCCACCACUGAUAUACCUAGUUCAGAGGGAACCAUUGCGACACCUUGUACAUGUAUUCCUGUCUUUACCUUUGCUACCACUCCCACCUGCCUGGUUGACUUGCUAUGCCACCAAAAUGCACUGCAAGAGUGAUGGCGAGCUUUUAAGAUUCCCUCUAGACUCCUAGACAUGUCUAGUAAAUGGCAACAGCUUUAUCUAGGAUGGCAGGCUAUCUGCUUUAUGUUUUUGUGGGAAUUAGAAUAUCCUAGCAUGCUAAAGUACAGCACAAGAGUUGCCAUUCCAUUACUGUUCAUGGUAACUUACUGGUUUCUAGCUUUAAUUUCUUUUGUGAAACUCAAAAUGGAUUGAUAAUGGAUUCACAAGGAGACUGGGGUGGGAAAUGUUUGUUGUCUUGUGGGACCUGUAGGAACUGAGACCCUCUUUUUAUAAACAAAACAAAAACACACGACUCCUUCCCUUUAUCACUGUGUCCCUUUGCCCCUCAAGAACUGAAGGGAUUAUCUCUGUCUGUCCUAAGAAUAUUUCCCAAAGGGAUGAUUGGGAUCGCCUGUCAGUUGUGCUAAUGUGGGAGCAUGCACGUAUUAAAGCUGGGAAGCAUGAGCCCUCUGUGCGGAGUGCCAAACUACACAAGGAGCAGAAGAUCUAAGGCAGAAUUUUCUGGCAUCUUCAUUUUUAUUGUAAAGCCAAGUGCUUCAUUUCAGGAACUGAAGCAGUAGCAUUAAGGGCAUGGUGUUGACGUUUUCCCCUCUUGCACAGUUUUCCCAUGCUGAAUUGCAUCCUGGAGAUGUUUUUAGCCCAACUGUUGGGCAGCAGGGGGGGAUACAAACACUGUAUAUUUUGAUUUAGCAAGGUAAACAGUAAAAAUAAAAACAUGGGAGUGACAGUCUCAGACACCCUGUGUCUUCUGUAGCUUGUGUAAAGUUCCAAACCUCUUUGCCUCUAAGGAAACUUCCACAGUCUUCCAUGACUGGAAGCUCAGGUUCUAAACAG